AACCAGGUACGAGGAGCUGUCACACCUGAUCCGGUCGAUCCGGAACACGAUGAAGAUCCGGGACUUGUCCCCCAAAGUCCCACCUUUAUAACCCCAAAAUCCCACCUUUAUCCCCCAAAAUUGGGUGUUUUUUCCCAAAAUCCCCGAUUUCUACCUGGAAUUUACCUGCCCAGGUACGAGGAGCUGUCCAACCUGAUCCGGUCGAUCCGGAACGCGAUGAAGAUCCGGGACGUGUCGCGGUGCCUGGAGGAGUUCGAGCUGCUGGGCCGGGCCUGGGCCAAGGCCAAGGGGGUGGUGGACAGGGAGGGCACCCCCAGGUUCUACCUGAGGAUCCUCGCCGACCUCGAGGACUACCUGAACGAGCUGUGGGAGGACAAGGAGGGCAAGAAGAAGAUGAACAAGAACAACGCCAAAGCCCUGAGCUCCCUGAGGCAGAAACUCCGCAAAUACAACCGGGAUUACGAGGGACAGAUCGCGGCCUACAGACAGGUCAGGGGGAAAUUGGGAUUAUUUGGGGUUUAUUGGGGUUAA